AUUCACUCUCUCACCGGCUCACACUUUUCCCUCUUAUCCAACAAACACUCCCUCAUUCUCUCUCCAAUUCCUUCCCUCCGAUCCAUGGCAAGGUCUCUCUCCCAAACCCUCACCCUCACGCGCCACCUCUCCCCCAAAACGUCGUCGUCUUCCUCCUCCCGAUUCAUCACCCUCCGCGCCCAAUCCAACCUCCCCUUCCACCAUGACCAAACUGAGCCCUCCCCCGCCGACUCCUCCCCCGCCGUCGAUCCCCUCCUCCGCAAGCUCGAGGACGCCAUCCACCGCAUCAUCGUCCGCAAGUCCGCCCCCGAUUGGCUCCCCUUCGCCCCCGGCGCCUCCUACUGGGUCCCGCCGCCGCGGUCUAGAUCCCACGGUUUGGCUCAGCUCGUCGAGAAGCUUGCGAAUCCGUUGACGGAGGAGGAGUCCAUGUCGAUGACCACCGUCCGCGGCUGGCCUUCUUCCGCUUAUUUCAUUCAUGGUUCAACUCCACUGAUGGAGGCCUUCGUUCCGGAAUCUAGUAAUGUGGAGCAAAGGUUGGACAGUGCCGAUCAUAAGUCGGAUGCUGCACCCAAGUCUGAGGAGGAAGAAGGAUGAACCAUACAUUUUCUGAAAAGCGGCAUCUGAGGCUUAUCUAGUCUUGGAUAUUUCAUGUAGGAUCAAAGCUGUGACUAAAGGCAUGUUGUCAGGUAAUGAGCUGUGUACAGAUGCAACCUGGUUAGUUGAGACGGAGUAGCUUCUAUCCCAAAGUUCAGUACCCAAAAGGAGCCAUUGUAAUUAUUUCCUUGCGUAUGUAAAUAGAGCAAAUCAAUAACUGUAUCAAAUGUACUUUAUUUGUACUGCCCCUCUGCCUCUGCAUCCUCUGUUUUUGGGUUUAUCAUCUACAUUCCAGGUUUCGAUGAUCAUGUAUAUAUCAAUGAAAAUCCUUUCUUCCUGACCAAGUCGUUAAAUAUUUGCUUUUCAAUGUUUAUAACUUAUAAGAACCAAGCACUAGUUAUACAGGAAAUGAAUAUGAAACCAGCUGUGUAUGGACUUUGGACUGAGUUUUUUCCUUUGAAUAUCA